AACGUCGGCGGUUCUGCCCAUGGUUGCCUGUGCGCAGGGGGAAGCGCGCGGAGCGAUGUCGAGAUCCGAGGAGGAAGAGAUGGAAUUCGGUGGAUUUCCGGGCUCGGACAGUCGCAGUAGCUCAGCCGGGAACAGCGAGCUUGAGUCCUGGCAGGAGGAGGAUGAAUCGUCUGAGGAAGAAGUGGCUCAAGAUGAGCAGAGUAUUUGUCUGGCAGACGUGAAUCCGUAUAUUCUGUGUCCUGUUUGUGGAGGCUACUUCAUUGAUGCAACCACCAUCACAGAAUGCCUGCACACAUUCUGUAAGAGCUGUAUUGUCAAACAUUUUGACUACAGCAACCGCUGUCCAAAAUGCAACAUUAUUGUCCAUCAGACACAACCGCUGUACAACAUAAGGCUGGACAGAAAAUUACAAGAUAUCGUUUACAAACUAGUGCCCAACUUAGAGAGCAGUGAAAAAAGGCGGCUUCAUGAUUUCUACAGAGAGAGGGGACUUGAGGUUCCCAAACCAGUUGUCCAGGUGCCCAGCAAUGGUAAAGUGAGCCGUAUCCGAUCACUGGGUAAGAAGCUGGCAUUACCCAUCGUUCCCCUGGACCGUCCUUCGUCUCAUCUUGAGAUUUCCUUGGUGCUCGAGUUCAUCGGAGCUGAUCUUGGAGUUGGUGGCUAUAAGCCACUGCAGAAGAAGUACAUCCGUGUGUCAGAGGAGGCAACUAUUCGACAUGUUGAAAAGUUCAUAAGAAAGAAGCUGGAAUUGGACCCAAUCUGUCAGGUAGACAUCAUCUGUGGAGACAAGAUCUUAGAACAUCACCAGACCUUGAGGCACAUUCGAAGCAGCGUCACUCACAGCAGCAUACGGGAUGGUUUACUUAUUCUACAUUAUGGACUCGUGCGAUCUCAGAAAUGAUGGUGGAUUCUCUCCCAUUAUCAAACAAUAAUGUUAUUGGGAUUCUUUGUGACAUCAAACAAGAUGUAAAGGAGCACAUUUUCUGUGCUCUGCUUGGAAAUUGCACUGAUCAGCUCCAGCGUGGCUAGAAUCAAAGGCUGCACGGCCUCCUCUGAUCAGUUUCAGUGUGGCCAUUAUCAGAGGCUGCAUUGCCAGCACUGAAAAGAUGAUCACUUAAGGAUCAGUAAUGCAACAUGGCAAAACAUUACAUGCUGUCAGUUACCCCAACCUCAUCCUCUGGAUCUCUCACCCUAUUCCUGCUCUAUUUAUGUGACAGAAGUUUUGCAUCCUGUUGAGCUUGCACUGUACCGUAGGUGACUUAAAAUAUUUGUAUUUGGCACCAACACUGAGACAACUUUAACUGCACACCAUGUCACUGUCCAUCGGAAUGAGCUGUGACACUGCAUCCCAGUACUGACCACUAGUAAUGUAGAACCACAGUGAUGCUAUCUCUAAAUACUGGCCUUGACCAAAUGUGACAUCCUGGUACGGACUGCAGUGAUGUCACAACCUGGUACUGAUGGUGAUGGUGAGACAGCUGUGACUGGAGCUGAUAUCAACACUCAGACCUUUUGCCUUUGUACAGAGAACCUUGCUAAUUUUUUAAACUGUUCAGGAAAAUUUUUAGAUAUUUUUCUCCAGUUUGUUAAAUUUUUUGCUGAUUAAUAAAAUUGGAACGAAAUUGUUUACUAUA